AUGACUCAACUUCUUCUUCUUCUUAAUAAUGAUCAAUUAUUAAUAUUUGAAAAACUAUUUAAAUUAGUUUUAAUACAAAAUAGAUAUUUAUUCAAGACUAUAUUUGGAUGGGUUAGAACUAUAUACUUGGAGUAUUGGAAUGCAAAAAAGUCACAAUGUUACAACUUUAAAGAUAUAAUCAAUUUGGUAGAGACAAGAACAUUGACUCAUUAUAGUCAAAUGCUUACACCUUGUCUCAUGAAACUAGUCAUCAAACACCUCAAUCCUCAAUACAAUGAUGUGUCUAUUACCAAUAUUGAUCAGUAUACAUUUUCACUUAAUACAAGUACGGCUGAUGAAUCGUCAUACUGUUAUACACGUUUCAUAGGUAGUUCAUCAACCAUUUACAACUUGAUUCAAGACAAGGAGACGAUGGAGAUGGCUUGUAGAAAAAAGUUGCUCAACAAUUGUAUUGAUCUAGAGUUGGCUUCACAUCCACACUUUUCAUUUGCCUACUUUAAAGUAUUUAUGGAAAAUACGAUUCAUCGUCGAAAUGGUAAAGAUCAAGUUCAACAACCAAUCAAUGUAUUACUCAAUUUUUUAGCAAAGACUGAUGUCUCUCCAAUUGAAUACCUCGAGAUUAUCUUUAAGCACAAGAAACAAUUCGAGGGGUUUGGUUCGAUUACUCCUGCUGAUUAUUAUCGGUCACCUGGAAAUGACAGAAACGUUCUCGAUUAUUGUCCUUGGGAUCAACGUAUUACAACUCAUGCUGAAUUGGUUGCCUCUCGAGACUAUUACAUUUACACAUUCAAUGUACUAGAUACUCCAACAGUUGAAAAGGUUUCAAAGGUACUCGAUAACUUGUAUUAUAGUGGUCGUGGAGAUGUAUUGGAAUGGUUGGCUAAUCAUCUCGUGUUAAAUACCCCUCAAAAUCAAUACCUUGGAUUACUUGUACUUAUCAAAUGGAUACAAUAUUGUCCAAAAGGAGGCAAAACAAAGUUUUAUUUCUCUCAAUUACCAUUGGAAGGAAUGGAUAAUAUUACUCUCUAUUUUUAUCGAUUUGCAUUUAUCAAUUGGCUUAAUGCCAAACAAUUUGAAGCGAUUGAUUCGUUAAAUCAAAAAUGUGGCGAUCAACUUUUGGCUCAAUCUCCAAACACUCACACUACCACAACCAUGACUCCAUACCCAAAGCUUUACGGCAACACCCCUGCUUUUCAAAAAAUCUAUAAACAAACUAUCGACCUAUUAAAAUCAAUGAAUAACAACCAACAAGAUUUAAAUCAAUUAUUUAAUAUAGUUAAAACUAUUUCACCUUUAUCUUUUUUUGAUUUGGAAUAA